CGCAUGUGCGUACAAAACCAAAAGGGGCAUGGCUUGUUCUACUCUGAACUUGUAAAAAAGAUGGAGAAAAAGUUUUUGUUCUGCUUCUUCCUUUUACUGUCCUAUGCUGCAGUUGACACUGCUGCAGCCAAGAAGACCAAGAAAUUAAAGAUCACUACAGAGUCCAAACCCUCUGAUUGCUCUGUAGUGGCUGAGCCUGGAGAUACAUUAGUGGUUCACUAUACAGGAAGUCUUGAGAAUGGACAAGUGUUUGACAGCUCCCUUGAGCGUGAUCCCUUCCCCGUCACAUUAGGAGCUGGGCAAGUCAUUCAAGGUUGGGAUGAAGGUCUUGUAGGCAUGUGUCAAGGGGAAGUGAGAAAGCUCGUUAUUCCACCCCACCUUGGCUAUGGAGAUACUGGUGCCCAAAAUGUCAUUCCAGGUGGAGCCACUUUGUUGUUCACUGUGGAGCUCAUUGAACUACAGAAGAAACCACUUGUGAAACUACCCAAUUCCCAGUUAUGGUUCUACCUUGGAAUAGCCGGCAUAAUUGGAUUGUUAGGAUACGAGCUGUAUAAAAGAGUAACUAACAAAGAGGAGGACAAGGAAAAAAAUACACCUUCAAAGAGAAAGGGAAACAAAAAGAAGAAAUAACUCGUGAUAAUUUAUACACAGACAGAGAUUUGUAUAUUAAAUAUUGAAUAAUUAUUUUGUCUGAUUGAA